AUGUGUCCUGGACCUGUCCGGCCCCUCAGUGGCUUCCCUCCACACGGAGUCCCAGCAAAGUUCCUGACGCAGGAUCAGAUUAAUGAGUUUAAGGAGUGUUUCUCUCUGUACGACCGCCAGCGGAAGGGGAAGAUCGAAGCCCGGGAGCUGAUCACGGUGAUGCGAUGCCUCGGAUCAAACCCCACCCCCUCCGAGGUCCAACGACACCUGCUGAGCCACAACAUAGAUCGCGGUGGAGAGCUGGACUUCUCCGCCUUCCUGAGCAUCAUGCACCGGCAGCUCCAGCAGGAGGCACCAGAGGAGGAGAUCCUGGAGGCUCUGAGGAUGGCCGACAAGGAGCAGAAAGGCUUCAUCCUCUCCUCUGAGCUACGAGCCAAACUCACAGGGCUGGGAGAGAAACUGACUGACAAAGAGGUGGACGAGCUGCUGAAGGAGGCGGGUGUUGGGCCGGACGGUCGAGUUGACUGUGAGCAUUUUGCUAAAGCAGUGACUCGCUCCUCUGCAAAACACUGA